AACUCUAGACCUCUGUUUGCCAGAAACUCGAAAUCAGCUGAUAGUGGGGUGCAACUUAAUAGCUCUACAAAGGGACAACUGAAUGGAGUGCUAUGUACUCCCAACCCAAAAUAACCAGAGGAAGCCUUUGUACAGCCCAGGGGUGGAAAAAAAAAAAAAAUAAAUCAAGCUGCAGUUUAGCUCUCAGAUGCAUUUUCUUCCAUCAUCAGCUUUCCCCAGGAAACUGGAUGAUAGAAUUGUUUUUGAUCAUCAGUGCACAAACUGUAUGACUGCCCUGAUUUAGUUCUCAGCACUGGAAAGGCAGCAGGAGAGGAAACCAUACCUAGCACAAGGAGCUGGUAUAUUACUUUACAAGUCUUUUCUUGGUUUUGGCAGAAGCUCCUGCCUGGGAAACUGGCUCAAGGAGUUACUAUGAAGUGUCCUGGACCUCCACAGCGCUCAAGGCUUGCUGGCUUCCUGGAAAAUGCCUUAGUCAGAGAGGCUCAGAUUUGGAAAGUGCCUGUUUUCCAGAACCUUACCCUGAAGGGUACAGAUAUCUCUCCCUCAUGUUAUGAGAAAACGAUUCUCUGGAUUGCAGAAAUAAGCUCUCAGUUCCAGUUUCACUCUGAAACUUUUGCUUUAUCUAUCAGUAUCCUUAACCGGUUGUUAGCAUCAGUAAAGGCUCGAUUAAAAUAUCUUCAGUGCAUAGCAAUUUCCUGCCUUGUCCUUGCAGCAAAAACCAACGAAGAAGAUGAGGUAAUACCGUCGGUGAAGACGCUUGCAGUGCAGAGUGGCUGUAAACGCUCUCCAGCUGAGAUCUUGAGAAUGGAAAGAAUUAUACUAGAUAAGCUUCACUGGGAUCUUUACACAGCAACACCAAUGGAUUUCUUAAACAUUUUCCAUGCCAUGCUGAUGUCCAACUGGCCCCAUCUACUAAACGGGCUGCCUCAGACGAAUCCUUCUCGCCACGUUGCAUUCUUGACCAAACAGCUACAGCACUGUAUGGCUUGCCACCAACUAGUGCAGUUUAAGGGCUCCACAUUGGCUUUGGUGAUCAUCACCUUAGAGCUGGAGAGGCAGACUCCUGAUUGGUUUCCUGUUAUUACUGAUCUGCUAAAAAAAGCACAGGUUACUAGCACUGAAUUCACGCACUGCAAAGAGCUCGUGGAUCAAGAGCUAAUGCACUUACAGCCAUCCAACGCCAUUUAUAUUUUUUGUCCCAUCAGUCAAGCCAUCCAGGGCGAUACUGAGGCCAAGUUUCCCUACUAUUACCCUUCUGAAUUGAAGAAUUCUCAUCAAGUGAGGCUGCAGGUCGCUGUAAGGCAGCCAGUUUCAGCAGCUGUCAUGUCUGCUACAGCCCAAAUUCCUGAUGGCACUAUGGAGACAGAUGAAUACUACGAUGGAUUCAGAUACCUGUACAGUGAGGACAGGGGAGCAGAUGGUGGGAGGGGGCACAUGGGUGGCUUGUGCCCUCAGCUGAGGUCUGGAGGAUGCAGCUCCCCAUGUCCUCCCCUACAGCCACCUGGAAGGGAAUAGUGGAGACCAUCCCGCCUUGGAAGCAGUAUUUCAGUACUGGUAGGUCCCAGCAAACAAGACAGUGAACACAACAGAGCAAGAGUGCUGCUGUGUUUUUCAGAGGACAGUGAGGAAAUGGUGUUAUUCUCCUAUGCUUUAUCUUUUCUAGUAGUGUGCUCCACUUUUAACACCAUAUAAAUACAGAAAGCUGGGGAGAGGAGGGACUCGGUCGCAAUCCUACAACUCAGGGAUCAGUGUGGCAGAAGGCUAAGAGCUGUGCCACGGAGCACCAAAUGUCUCAGUUUAUGACUCCUCAGAUGGGAGGAUUUAUUUGAUUUAGUAGUGAAAAGGCCGUGAGCCAAACCAUCUCGUUUUUGUUAAAGCCUUACCGUGGAUCCGAUUUUUGGGCUCCAUUCUGGGUAAGCCACUGAAGACUCAUUCCAGGUUCCUACAAGCUGUGGGAAAUUGUUUAUCUGCAGUCAGCACUGCAGACCUCACUGACCAGUUUGGGCCAUUCAGGGUGCUAUUUCUUCCGCCUUAACAGACUAGACAACGCAAAAUGCCUUCAACUAUUUUCUCACCACUAUGAUAACAGUUUUUAUUAGCUGUUAAUCUCCAAGGCAAAGCAGUUUUACAAACUACAUAGGCCAGUUUAAGCCUCUGUUGCACUUUUAAAACCAGCCUUAGGCAUUCUUUGAAAAUAUACGAGAAUUUUUUUUUGCUAUUCGUUUUAAAUAGGGCCAGCAUUUUCAUGUGACUGUUGUACUAGUUUGAAAGUGCAAUCCAGAGCAUACUGUAUGAAUAGCAAUACCAUACCUGCAAGUCCUGCCACAGAACAGGGAAGGUCUUCAGAUAGAGCAUCACAGGCUAAAUGCUGAGCAUGUGUCUUAGAGAUACAGGAUAAAUAAACAGGAACAGGGAUAAGACAGGAGCAAGGAAAUCCUCAUGCUGCUUUACAGAUGCACUCUUCAGUGCAGGAACAAAGUUUCUUUCCUUUGCUCCUCAUCUUACCUUGAAGAAGAGGGAUUCCUGAACCGCGAGCAUUGCAGGAGUGAUGUCCUGAGCAGCUCUGUUAACAUAUAAAGCUUUCCAAAGAUUUACAUUUAAAUUUUGACAGAGCUAGCACUCGGAAAUGGAUAAACUUUGUAUGUGUGCAAGGCAAAAGUCAGGUUUUCCUUUUAAACUGCAAAAAAAGCAGAGCAAAAAUAUUCUAGAAAUAAAUAUUUAGUAUUGGAGACGUGGUGCAAAUGAUGUGUGAGCAGAUGGCACUCAAACUGGUGCCGAAAGCAAAGGAGGUCCCACGAUGCAAACUGCAGGCACUGCUGAUGGAGUGCUGAGCUGCAGGGGGCUGGCAGCUCCCAGGAAGGCUCGGCUCACCCUUGUAGCCCAGACACAAUUUACAAGGUGUCCCAGGGGCAGAGGAAUUCUUUUGAUACGUUAUUUAUUAAACCUACCUAUGGACCAUAGGGAAGGUUUUCUUUUUGUGGCAGGGCUCUUCUCUCCAGCACCGUGCCACUUUUCUAUCACAAGCUGUGACUGAAAUGCCUGACUUUGGAAGGAGGCAAGUUGUCUUUUGUAGUUAUUUCCAAUAAAAUACAGUUUCAAUCUCA